AUGGAUAGUACUUCGUUAGAAAAUGAGUCAAGUGAUAAUGCAGUGAUAUCAGACAGUUGGAUUCCUCGUGUUGGUAUGGAAUUCGACUCGGUGGAUCAUGCUUGGAAUUUUUGGUUAGAAUAUGGAGGUAAGAUGGGUUUUAAUGUUCGCAAACAUUAUGAGAACAAUAAUAAGGACGGACAAGUUACUUCUCGAAGAUUUCUUUGUUCGAAAGAGGUUUUUCGCCUAUCUGACAAACGAGAUCAUAUGACGACUAAUCCUCGAGCUGAAACAAGAACUGGUUGUAUGGUUCGUAUUGGAAUUAUUUUAAUUAAGCCUACAGGAAAAUAUCGUGUUCAUGAAUUUGUAUCUGAACAUAAUCAUGUACUUCACUGUCCAAGAACUAGUUACUUGUUGUCAUCACAAAGGAAGAUAACGGAAGCACAAGCUGUUGAAAUUGAACUUGCUGAUGAUUCUGGAAUUAGGCCUAGAGAAGCUCAUGAGUUUAUUGGUGCACAUGUUGGUGGAUCACACAAUCUUGGUUACACCCAUAGAGACCAUAAAAAUUAUCUACGUACUAAGCGCCAAAGAGAUUAUAUGUAUGGGGAAGCCGGAAGUUUGUUAAAAUAUUUUCACUUGCAAACAAUCGAGAAUCCUUCAUUCCAAUAUUCAAUUCAAUUAGAUUGUGAAGAACAAAUAACAAACAUUUUUUGGGCUGAUGCAAAGAUGCUUAUUGAUUAUGCUGCAUUCGGAGACGUAGUUGCCUUUGACACUACAUUUGGUACAAAUAAAGAGCAUCGACCACUUGGUGUAUUUGUUGGUUUUAACCAUUUCAGGGAGACGACGGUUUUUGGUGCAGCUCUUUUGUAUGAUGAAACAGCUGAAUUUUUUAAGUGGUUGUUUGAAACAUUUCUAGCAACACAUGGCAAUAAGCAUCCAAAGACAAUCUUCACUGACCAAGAUAUCGUUAUGGGAAAGGCUAUUGCAGAGGUGAUGCCAAAGGUGUGGCAUGGAUUGUGUACUUGGCACAUCACAGAAAAUGCAACCAAGCACUUGCUACGUUAUGGAUCAGUUGUUCUUCAAGAGUUUAAAGCUUGUAUGUAUGAGAUCAAAGAAGAGGUGGAGUUUGAAAAGAAAUUUGAAGUAUUGCGUGGGAAAGUCAUAAAACAAAGCUGGUUAGAUAGUAUUUAUGCCGUAAAAGAAAAGUGGGCAGAAUGUUACAUGACAAAUGUAUUUUCGUUGGGGAUGCGUAGCACUCAAUUAAGUGAAAGCUUCAACAGGGACUUAAAAGGUUGUCUAAAAUGCACUUUGGAUAUAAUGCGUUUUUUCAAAAAAUUUGAGAGGGUUGUUGGGCUAAAGCGGCAAAAUGAGACAAACAAUGAGUUUGAUUCGAGGGAAAAACUGCCAAGAAUUAAGAUGCGGAGAUCACCUUUACAUAGGCAAGUUGGCCAAAUUUAUACUCCUAAUAUAUUCGAAGCUUUUCAAGAUGAGUAUGAUUGGUCAAUGGCAGCUUAUAUUAAGGAGCCUGUUGAAGGUCAACUAAGCAAUGAAUAUAGAGUUGCAAUUUCAGACCUCGAAAAUGAUGACCCUAUUGAUAAAGAAUACCAAGUGUUGAGUGAUCCUUUGACUUAA